AAUAAGUGUCGCGUAGAGGCAGGUUUGCAGUUCCUCAUCUGCGUCGAGGACAUUGCGCAGAGGCGCCGUCGUAUUGUACACAUCACCAUGACGACCAUCUUCUUCCACUCGCUGCGCAUACCGCCGACGCCUCCAACGCAGACCUACCAAUCUUCGAUCGGGGAUCCACGGGCGGAAAGUGGUUGUUGCUACAGCAUUGGCAAACAUCAACAGACGCAGCCGGCACUCCUUUCACCUACCACCUCGCGCAAUUCCAGUUUGCGAGGAUGCUCCAUAGACCGCACCAACUCCAGUGUAACUUCGCAGGACAACGCGUCGAGCGUCUCCACGUCAUCGUCCCUCGACGACGAAGACGACCUCACGGCGGCAUUCGAGAUGGAUAUUGACACCCCCGUCUCGAUGUGCAUGCGGUGGCAAGAAGCGCCAAUCCUUGCCAACCUUGCAAGGACAUCCUCGUCCUCGAGAGCUCCAAUGAGCUCGUUAGCUUCCCCUGACGCGACAGACACUGCCCCGUCCUCGCCAAGCGAGUUCAUUCACACGUAUGCCAGCGCCAACGCCAUGUCUCUCCGCGUGAACCCGAGCAGCGGUCUGCUCGGGUUUCGGCGAAACACGCGACGAGGUUCCGUCACGUCGUCACAGGAAGGCUCGUCAUUGGGCCAGACGCUUGUCGACUCGUCAUAUACGUUGCCACCGAAGAAGUCCAUUCCUCUGGCCAGCGGCAACGCCACUCCUCCGUCGAAGGGGACCACCACAGCAGCACGAUCAUUUCAAACGGUCGCGGACGUGCCGAGGACGCGGCGCCCCGCGGCCUCCUCCGCCAGCGUUCCUUUGUCACCACCAAAGCCGACCGUACCCUCCACCACAUCCACUUCAUCCAAGCUUUGCAAGAUCACCCCCCCUCCUAUUCGUUCAUCGACGACCGUCGUCCCCCCGCCGCCCAUGGCCUCAUCAUACCUCCUCGGGAACAACAACCGCGUAAACAUGACAACACACCCAGAUCGACCGCGGAACCCAGUCACAUCUAUCCUCAAGGUGGCCCCCGUUGAAGUCGCCACACCGCCGAUGCCUCCGCCGCCGACCCCCGCCGACUCGGCCGACGACGUGGACGAGAGCAUCUUCAGCUCGCUGCGCAAUGUGGACCUCGUGUCGUCGCGGGCGCCAGAGUCGGCGCGGACGCGGGAGUUCAAGCAGAAGGCCGCCGUGAACAAGAACGUCGUGGCGUUCUUAGGCGGGUACAAGGGCCAAAGCAGUACGUCCCACCGCCUCAAGGUCACGAGCGACAUCAUAUCGCGCGCCAAGAACAUCCGCAAACGCGCGGCGGAAGGCCAGCUCAGCCGCAAGUUGCAAGAGGCCCGCAUGCGCAUUCCGGACGAGUUCCAGCGAAGCAUGGACACCGACUUGCCGAGGAAAGCGCAUACGAAACGCAUUCAGUUCCCAGACGACAUGAGCAAGCUCGAAGAUAUUUAUGUGUUCGAUGCGGAAGACGACAGCAGCGACGACGACGAACAAGACAUAAUAGGACGAGCCGAGGACCAGGUUGCCGCCCUUGUCGUGUAACAUAGAUACAAUCAACUGAAGUUAGAAUCUGGAGCACAUUUACUGAGGCGUAGUCCCUACAGUAACACGCUUCUUGAUGCCCA